UGCUCUGGGCUGCAGGUGAGUCUGUCGGCUGCCGCACCGGGUGAUAAACGGGCGGAGCGGCCCUUUAACUCCCCGGCUGCAGGCUGCAGUGAGCCGGAUUCCACCACUAGAGUUCUCCCUGCGGCUCCAGGCAGCGCGGCUUCGUCUGUGUUUACCUCCCAGCACACCGAGCCGGACACACGCACACCUCCACCCGCCGGACGGAGGAACACGGAUGUAAGCUGGCCGGACCCUGCGGUCACCCAGAGGCGGAGCUGAGAUGAACAAGGAAAUCAUGUCCCGCGUGGUGAAGAAGAGGCAGGCCGACCCGAAGGUGGUCCAGUACGUCUGGUCGUCCAUUGAGGUCAUCCGCAACCAGAAGCAAAUCGCCAACAUGGACCGGAUCUCCAAGUACCUGAGCCGAAUGUUCGGCAUGCACCCGAAGGAGACGGCCCGGCAGCUGAGCCUGGCUGUGAAGGACGGGCUGGUGGUGGAGACGCUGACCGUGGGGUGUAAAGGCUCCAAGGCCGGCAUCGAGCAGGAGGGCUACUGGCUGCCUGGAGACGAGAUGGAGCCGAAAGCCGAGGGAAGCAAGGACUGGGAGGCUGAGAGCCACGACUGGUACUGCUUCGAGUGUCACCUGCCCGGCGACGUCAUCACCUGCGACAACUGCUUCCGGGUCUAUCACCUCAAGUGUCUGUCGGAGGAGUGUAAGCCCCGAGAUGGAGGCUCCCACUGGCAGUGUGUGGCCUGCAGGGGGAGUAAAAAGAAGAACCUGAACAAACAGGAGAUGAGUAAAUAUCUGCGCUUCAUCGUCCAGCGUAUGAAGGAGAGGGCUGUGGAUCUGCACAAAAAAGGCAAAGACACUAAACAUCCCAUGUACCGACGGCUGAUCCACACUGCUCUGGACGUCACCAACAUCCAGGAGAAUCUGUCUGAAGGGAAAUAUAAAAGCUUUGAGGAGUUUAAAGCAGACACUCAGCUGAUCGUCCACAACACUGCCAUCCUGUACGGAGUCCACAGCGACCAGGCGGAGAUCGCUCGGCUGCUCUUCAGCGACACGUGUCACGAGCUGAACGAGCUGCUGCUGUGUAAGAAUUGUUUCUACCUGUCAAACGCUCGACCCGACAACUGGUUCUGUUACCCCUGUAGUCCCAGCCACGACCUGGUCUGGGCCAAGAUGAAGGGCUUCGGCUACUGGCCGGCCAAGGUGCUCCAAAGGGAGGACAACCAGGUGGACGUCCGCUUCUUUGGACACCAGCACCAGAGAGCCUGGAUCCCGUCAGACAACAUCCAGGACAUCAAGGUGAGCGUCCAGCAGCUGCAGGUGAAGAGGAGCAACGGCUGGAAGAAGGCCUGCGAGGAGCUGGAAGUCUACCAGCGCUUCCUGAGGGAGGGACGCUUCUGGAAGACCAAGAUGGAGGACGGCAGCCAGAUGCUCCAGCAGAACCAGAACCAGAACCAGAGCCAGCAGGAGGAGGGCAGCAGCAGGAUGGAGAGGCUGGAGCGGACCGACGAAGCCGAGUCCAGCAUCUCGUCCACCAGCAACGAGCAGGUCCGCCAUCUCAAAGGAAGCCAGGAGCCUAAAGCCAAGAAGAGCCGCCGGACUCCGAUUGUGGAGCCCAAAGAGGAAGUCAGCGACCCGGAGCCGGAGAUGGAGGCCGUCAGCUCCAGCCAGGAGAUCUCCGUGUCGUCGGCGCCCCAGCAGCCGGAGAAGCUGUCGGUGUCGACGCAGACCAAGAAGGCGAGCGGAGGGUCGCCGAGGACGCUGCACCGCGGGACCCAGACCAGCAGCGACGGCGCCUGCCAGAACAUGUGCCACGAGAAGUACACCAAGGUGUUCAACGACGUCAAGGAGAUGAUGAAGGCCGACAACAAGAGGGAGACGGAGAGGGUGGUCAGGGAAGCUCUGGAGAAGCUGCGAGCGGAGAUGGAGGAGGAGAAGCGUCAGGCGGUCAACAAGGCGGUGACCGGAGCUCAGGCUGAGAUGGAGCGUAAAUGUAAGCAGGUGAAGGAGAAAUGUAAAGAGGAGCUGGUGGAGGAGGUGAAGAAGCUGGUGGCCCAACACAAGCAGCUCAUCUCCCAGACCAAGAAGAAGCAGUGGUGCUAUAACUGUGAGGAGGAGGCCAUGUACCACUGCUGCUGGAACACCUCGUACUGCUCCAUCAAGUGUCAGCAGGAGCAUUGGCACGCCGACCACAAACGGACCUGCCGCAGGAAGAGAUGAACAAGCCCCGCCCCCCGGACCUCACACAGCACGCCAUUGGCUCCCGCCGUCUCCGCCUCCCGUCAGUCAGUCAGUGUCAAACACCAACCUGCUUCUCUCUGGACGUUCCUCCGGCUGAGGAGCGGCUCGUUCCUUCUGCUCUUUAUUUAACGUCGGUUCUCUGGGACGCAGAGUUCCGCUAUGAUUUCUGUGUUGUUGUUUUUUUACCUUUUCUUUCCUGAAGUGCUAAUUUUGUGUCAGAAUGUGUUAUUUAAGUGUGUAGGAAGAGAUGAGCAUUAACUGAAAACCUUUUAUUACCAGGAUUUUUAAAGCGACUCUUUUUUCUUACUGUAAAUGCGGUGGAAGCAGCUCUGCUUUCACGGAGAAAUACAUUUAAAACUACAAAAAAACAAGCAGCUGAGUGGUGGAUGACGACUUUGUGAUUAUCUUCAUGGAUCUGUUGCGGUGAAUCGCACUUUCUCUGGUUUCUACCUAAAAUCUGAGGUCACUUAUUGGGAACAGGGUCAGUCGGCUGGAGAGACGCCGACGCACAAAUCUUCCACUAGAACCGACAGUAGAACAUCUGGGCUGUUUAUCGACUGUUUUUAUGAGUCCCACGUGAAAAAAAGGAGGUUUGUAACUAAACUGAGCUGGAUCUUAGAGGGUUUUUUAUUUCUCCUUUAUGACCCAAACGCUUGUAUAAUUGCCAAAAAGUUUCCUGAGAUCCCGACCAGGCGGUUAUCCUCCUCGUCCUGCAGCGUAGCGUCGGUGUUUAUCCCCGUGGUUUUUCUAGUGGAGCUCCUCCCAUCUUUGUUUUCUCCUCCUGAGGCUUCAUGCAUGUCGUAGAGUCACAGUUUGUCUUCAUCAAACAGAAGAACCGGGAGCCCGAGGAUGGGAAACUUUAUGCAAGCGUGAAGUUGGGACGGGUCUACUUCCUGGGUGUGUAGUUGAAUAUCGGUGCUGGGGUUUGGUGUUUAAUCAGGCGAUGAAAUUGCCGUUUUUUUCUUUUGUUUCUUUGAGAAGUUUGUCGACCGUUUCCUCAGUGAUGAAGAUGGACUGAAUGACGCGUUGCCUUUUACCUGCUGAAAUAAAACGCUGUAGAUUCUCGCAUCGUGGGCAGAAACUCCUCAUUUAAAGAGCUUUUUUUAUGCUGCAAGUGAAAACUCAGCUCAACUUACAGAGCGAUGCGUCCAGUCGGUUGGUCCAUCUGGAAAACGACGUUAUUCCUGUUUUAUCAGGGUCAUUUUAGAGCCGUUUUACCGCUUUAAUGGCAGCAGAAUCGCUCUAAAACGACCCUUUCCUUCUAAAUGACUGCAGAACCGUGUUCAUGUUCCUGAGGUCUCAGGUUGAAGGAUAUCUGGAGAUCUUAGAAGUUCUGGAGAUCUUAGAAGUUCUGGAGAUCUUAGAAGUUCUGGCUCCUCUGGUGGAAAACAUCCUGAAAUCUAAAGUGACCCUUUUCCUUCUAACGAUUCGGUUUUUACCAGUUAAUAAAUUCAUCUUUUUCUCUGUUUAAUGUCAGAAAACUAUAAAACAUAAAGACCUCAGAUGUGCCUGUUUAGCUUCAUAAGUUGAUUUUAUUUUUGUGUGGAGCCGUUUUCCUUCUAACUGUACAGUUUUUCAUGUCGAUGCUGAGUUUCAUUAACAGCAACUUAAAGCUGCAGCUUUUCUUCCUUUUAUCAGCAGAUCUCAAAAAGCAACAGUUUCUCGCUAAAUGUCCAAAUGUUCUCCUCAGUGUGACGUUUGUUUUUUAGGAGGCUUCAAUAGGUUUUAUCAGACAGCUUCCAGAUUCUACUCUAAAAGUUAGUGGAGGAAGUUUUUAUGCCGACUUGAGUCGACUUUUAACUGAGGAGCUAAAACUCGAGGACUUCUCUCGCUUUUUUUGUCUUUCAGAUUUAUUCUUUGAACAAACUGUCAGAAGUAGAGUUCAGGAAACGCCCGGAUGCUCGUUUCACACUGAAGACGGUCAAAGUUUACGGCGCUUCGUUGUGAGGAAGUCUGUCUCAGUUGUGCUUCGACUUUUCAGCUCGUUUUCCAGAUGUCCUCCACUGAACCCGGUGCUGCUGUUGGACUUCCUGUUUUUAAAGGAAGCAGCAGCUGGAUGCAGAUCAGACUGUAGAACUGUGUUAAUGUGAAUGUUCCUGAAGGAUCAGGAUAUUUGGAGAUCUUAGAACCUCCAGCUGAGUUUGGUGUAAAACAUCCUGAAGUCAGACUCUGUCCAGCUCUGUUGAUGAUGAAUGAAAGGUUUGGACGACGGAGAAUCUCCUGGUUUGUUGUCGGAUAUUUACGACUUAUGUUUUAUUUAUUACAGCCUUGUUGGCCACAGCGCCACCUUCUGACGGCAGAGUUUGUAUUUUUUGGUCUUUAUUUACGUUUUCUGCCACAUUUCAAUUCGCUGAACGUUCGUACAGAAACACAGCGAGUGUAGCAACAAACCCAGACUGUUUCUCUGAGGUCACUACUCCCCGUCUUUAAAGGAAGCAGCAGCUGGUUGCAGAUCAGACUGCAGAACCGUGUUAAUGUUCCUGAGGGCUCAGGAUAUCUGCGGAUUUUAGAACCUCCUUUGGCGUAAAACAUGAAAUCAGACUCGGUUCUGGCUCCGUUUGUGAUGAAAGGUUUGGAGGACUUUAAGAAGCGCUCUGUCCUCUUUGGUUUUAUUCAGGCGUCUUCUGACAGCGACAGUUUUCAAUCUUUGUUUUCGGCAACAUUUCAGUUCGCUGAGCAUUCAUGCAGAAACACGUUGGAUAAUAUCGAACCCAAACCCAUGUUUUUUUGUGACUUCCUGUUUUUAAAGGAAGCAGCAGCUAGUUGAAGGACAUCUGGAGAUUUUAGAACUUCUCUGAAAUCAAAGCUCCUCCUGCAGCUCUUUUAAAGAUGAAUUAAAGGUUUGGAAUCUCGUUUUUUGGACCUCGUGGAUGAACUAACUAAAUUUGCGUCGCUACUCUAAUUAAAGCGGUGGACGAGCCGGUUGUUGGUUCGUUCCAGGCGUUGCUUGAUAAUCAGAAGAACCAGAGAUGUUUUCUAUAUAUAUAUAUAUAUAUAUAUAUGUAGUCUUUGUAGGAGAGCUGCCCACUAUCAGAGAAUUUACUUUAUUUCCAGACUUUAAAGUUCUCAGUGUUCCUUUGAGCUCCUGGAAGACGCUGACGUUCCUCCUGUUCUUCCUGGUUCCAUGUUCUCGUCGUAUCUGAGUUCUCUGAAGGUCAAACUUCUUCUCUUCUUCGUUGCACUACAUGUAAAUAAACUUCAUGUCUUCUGUACAUUGUAAAUGGAUUCAGAUCUUCACUUGUUUUUUUGCAGUUCUCUGGAUGACUGUUAGUUCUAGUUUUGUACAAACUUCUCAUAUCGGCUCUUUGUGUCGCUUGUUUUCCUUUUCAGGAUGUUUUAGCUUCUGGUUUUCCUCUUCGUCCAUCAUUGAGGCCGUUGAGCUUUCCUUUGGCUUUUUCUCGCCGCCGUGUGUUUUUACCUGCAUGAGUAAAGCUGUUUGUAUCUCCGGCUGCUUUUCUUUCUGCUUCUUCUAAUCAUAUAAAGGAGAAAACGCCUAGCUGCACUUCCUAAGCAACACGACAGUGACGCUUCUCUGGUCUUCUGGAGCUUCUCGAGCUCGUUUCACGUCGUGGAGGGAAACGUGAGGAAGUGGACGGGGCGGCGAGCGACUUUCACUGCUCUUAUUCCAGUACGUGAUGCUGCGCGUACUACAGGAAUCCUUAGAGCACUCGUACCAGGAAUGCAGUCGGUGUGAAGCUUCAUCAUGUUCUUCUGUUCUGUCCAUAUGUAAACUAUUAAUCGUGGCUUAACAUUUUCUAUGCUCCUGAACUUUUUUUUGUUUUUUUUUGACACUUUAGCUAGCAAUAUGUAUAUAAAUAUAUUCUAUGUGCUAACAUGGAGGAAAUAAAUGUAUCAACAAGA